UCCAUCUUGAACAGAGUUGUUCACUUUUUUAAUAUUCCAACCUGUAUCGUGGCGAAUUUUUGCUUUUGCAAGCAAUUUUGUUUAUAGUGACAAUAUGAUUAGGGUAUUGUUUUUAGCCGCUGUUCUGCAGUGUACGAUAUCUCAGCAGUACCAGCAGAAGGUGGCACCAGGUGUACCACCUCAAAGUUAUCAGAAUUAUAACCAGCCGCCGCCGCCGCCGCCUCCACAGCAACAACAAUACCAACAGCAGCAACAGUAUCAGCCGCCCCCACCUCCGCCCCAACAGCAACAGUUCCAACAGCCCCCCCAACAGGUGAACGUGCAAGUGCCAGGACAGCCCCAACACCAGCAGCAUGGAGGACAUGGCGGGCAUGGAGAUCCUCAACUCCUGAAUCCUGCCAACAUCGCACACGAAAGAGAACACAUUCAAGAGCAUAUGGAUGUGCCCAUUGAUACAUCCAAGAUGUCGGAACAGGAACUACAGUUCCAUUAUUUCAAGAUGCAUGAUGCUGAUAACAAUAACAAGCUGGACGGCUGCGAGUUGAUCAAAUCCCUGAUACAUUGGCACGGUUCAAUAGAUAAGAAGCAUUCCGUAUAUUCGGAUAAGCAGAUUGAGCAAGUAUUGGACCACGCUCUGAACCACACUGAUAUCAACAAAGAUGGCUUCAUUGACUACCAGGAAUACAGAUACAGCGACUACAAAGCUAAGAAUAAGCACUUAAGAGACGCAGUCACAGCUUAAUUAAUUCACAACUUUAUUACAAAAGUGGACUAAACUUAGGCUUGGUUUAAACUUAAUAAAUAAAAUACAAAUUCACAGAAUAUUCUAGCUUUGGGGCUCGAUGAUAUUAAAUCAUAGCUUGUAAUGUUAUUUAUGAUAUAAGUGCGGUAAGGUGAUUCAUUCAAAAAAAAAUUCAAAAUUCAAUAUCGUUUAUUCAGUCUAGGCUGUUACAAGCACUUGUGAAUGUCGAAAAGCUACGCCAUCAGUUCGCAAAUCUACGGCGGGAGACCUUGUACUGAGAAGAACCGGCAAGAAACUCAGCAAGGGCUGUUUUUUUCUCCCUGUAUUAUAUACAGAGUCGUCAAAUUGAAAAAUGACUUCAAUAUGAGGUAACUCAUAAAGUCACUUUCCAUUACAAACAAAAAAAAAUGCAAAUAAUAUAAAAAUUAUGACUAUAAAAUAAAAAAUAAAAAUAUGUAAAAAAAAAAUGGUUUAACAAAGUUUAGGAAUGACGUGUCCUACCGUUUAGGCAAAAUAAUAAUAAUAAUAAUA